UCCAAGAACUCGUUCGCUGAAGCUUUAUAUGUCCAUGAUUACAAUGCUUCUUUUCAAAUUAUAGUGGUUAUAUGUUCAUUAAGAAUCGUUAUGUUGUGAAAAACUCAAACUUCGUGUCCGUUCGUUUAACAUCAUUAUCCAUCACUGUAACUUUCCUUAAAGUGGAAGUGUCUGAUUCUCAACUUCUAUAUAAGUUUGAAAAAAAGAAUGUUGAUUUACGCUCUGAAACACAUUUUGAUGUUAUUGUAAAGACAUCGUACAAUAAAAAUCUGGUGAGAAUUUUUACAGAAAUAUUGCAAGUUUCACCCAUCCUAUCUUAUGUUACCACUUCGUGUAAGUACUCAACUCCAGGCGUCUUUCCUUUUCCAUUCUGUAACACUGUCUGUUAUCCAAGAAAAAUAUACGUCAUGUUACUAUGAUUCUACGUCAGCCUCCGGUGCUCACAGACUCGCAUUUUUUCAGGUGUAGAAUAUUUUUAUUGCUUACAAUCAACCAUAUUAUCUAGUUUAUUUCCACUUUUUUUUAGCCACGGCUGCAAGUUCUGUUAUCAUGACUUGCAUCUGUAAACAUGAGAUAUGAUUUUUCAUCCUCCUUUGCCGAACAUGAUUCUGUCAAUAAAUCAAGCAGUGUCAAGGCUGUGCAUAGUAUUUGGUUUACUUUCUGUAGAUUGUGGAGGGUGUAGAACUUUGCGUUAUUUGUGGGCCAAAUCCAAGUUUACUAGAAAUUGAGGAGAAGUUUUUGUUCAAUUACUGGAAUCCUGCCAUCGAUAAUGUUAAACAAUGUUUGCUCUCGCAUCCAAGGAAUUUGACCCCUUCAAUGUCAUUGGAUAACGGUGUUCUUGGUUUGGUUUCAAUAAAGAGAAAGACAUAUGGCUCCUAUGAAAGAAGAAUGAGAAGAUUUGUCAUUCAAGGAAAGUAUGGUUUUUCUUUUUCAGAUUUAUUUUAGUGAACACCGACGAACGAAAGUGUUUGUGUAGCGUCUUUCCCGGUGGUGUACAUUCGCUUAAUAAUAAAGCAAACGAAAGUAUGAGGUUGAAAACGUCUUUGACUCAAAGCAAAAGUUGUUAGUCUUGCAAUUAAUUCAGAGCUGUUUGCCUGUUGACGAUUGCAGGCAUACUUUCUACCAUGAUGCGAUAAACUCAAUGUCUUUGUAUGAUUAGUUACGUAUGUCGUUGUACGUCUUGUAAAUUGACGGACAAAAGUUCGCAUUUGAGUCUUUAACCAAUGUGGGUCUUUCAACAAUUACCCAAUUACAUCAGUAAUUUCAUAGUAAGUGGUUUGAACCAGGGAGUAUCGUAACAUGUUUGUGGAUGAAGAUCGUCCAGGUUAAUAGUGUCCUGAGAAGGACUGUUGGUAUUGAUGUAGACUGACGUUUUCUUGAGAUAGCUUCACUUUUUGAUUGCUUGUCCAACAUAGAAUUCAUUGGCAAUGGAGUCAUUCGUAAAGAUCACCUUUGGCUUUUCUCAAUGUUUCCUCAUCAAUGAGUGCAGAGCACAACACUUGAUAAAUAUCUUCAACAUACCCUGGACGAGCAAUGUGCAAAUUAUUCAAAAUUUUAUUUUAUGGUAAUCAUUUCUUAUGGCUUUCAUUAUUAUGGCAUUAAACACAUGAUAUCUGGCAGUAGUCAGACUGUUAACGACAAAAAAACAGCUAACCCUUCACUUUGAUGAUACAAGUAUGAAACUUUCUCACAUUCUUACUAUGCCUAGUAACACAAAAUUUUGAUAUAGGGCCAGCCCAUAUUUUACAUUUAAAACGAGUUCUGCGAAUGUCGUGUUUGAUGACGUCGUCGGUAGUAAAAAAAAAAGUUCAGAGAAAUCUGCAAUUUCCCUGUAUAUUCUUAUACAACAGGCAUAGUAAGAAUGUGAGAAAGUUUCAUACUUGUAUCAUCAAAGUGAAGAAUUUUGUCGUUAACAGUCUGACUACAGUAGGAGAAAUGUAUUAAAUAAUUUUACCAAAAUCCUAAGCAACUUUUACAUUUCUUACAACAGCUUCACCAUUUUUAAUCAGACAUCCACUUUUUUUUCAUCUAAAAUGGCAUGUAUUUAUGAAAUAUACUCUCACACAGAUUCCAGGUAAAAUGUAGAUAUGCAUAUGUAUAAUUUUAACGUACUCACCAUUCUGCGAUCUCUUGUUGUAAGUUCAUUGUCAUCUUUUCGAGGAUAAAUGCUCGGGUAAGCAACGAUUCCGAAUGAGUCGAGGUGCAAAAUUACUUUCUGAUUCAGAAAGCGAGCCGAAUUGCCGAGAAAACGAAUCUUUUGUAAAGUGUUCCGAGCAAACUGCGGAAUUCUUUGUGGGGACCCACUUAUCGCGAGUAGCUUUCACAAAGUUGACCCAUCGCUUUCUCCUACGCUUAGCUUCGCUUCUUUCGUCGUUAAAAAAUGGUAUGCGAUGAAGUGAAAUGCCUUUCUCCGAACUGGCUACGUUAGAACAACCAAAAACUACACAUCGAUCUGGCAUUUUUGUGUUUGUUUACAUGCAUAAACAGUGUAAGUUGUUUUGGUAGUCAGUCUGUGUUCCUUAAAUGACGUCACAAGUAAGUCCCAUGCCACGGAUUAGAGCUCUCGACAUUUUUUACAAAACGUUGAAAUUUAGGUUUUAUUCGCAUCUUUGCCGAAAGAUAACUCAAAAACGAAAAAAGUUAUUCAAAUUCUGUAAACGGCAUUUGUAUUAUUUAUCCAAAAUCUAUUUGAGAAUAAAAAACUAAAAAUAACUGUAUGUGCACUUUAAGACCAGGAGUAGAAUCAUUCCAUGGAUACCAGUUUGCGUUUGUUCGAUUUCCUAAAGAAGAAAUGGCUAAAUCCGCAGUAGACGCGCUUUCAUGUAACCCAAUUGAAAAUGUGAAUUUACAGAUAAGUCUUGGUCAAAUAAGAAAUCGCAACAAGGAUUAUAAGGAACGAUGAAUCAGAAGAUAUGAUGAAAUUUGGUUCCGUGACUUCUGCCCAACAAGUUGUUGAGUCCGAUAACCUUUUGGCAUCAUCAGAGUUGCAGGAUCCAUCAGACAACAGGACUUUGGAAUCUGCAACACCUGCCGAACAAAGUGUUUUGUCAGGUGAAGUAGCAGAGUAAGAAAAGCAAAAGCCAAAUGCACAGUGACUCAAGUGUGUCGCAAAGGCGAAAGAAGUCGCAAACAAGGCCUACCCCUCGUCCUCUAAAAGGAGCUGCACGUUAUCACCAUCACCAACGAUGUCGUCAUUUACAAAAGAGUUCGAUUAUAUCAACAUUACAACGAAGAUGACAAAACCUAUAAAUAAAAUUUUCACUGCUGCGGUUGCACCAAUACAUCAAACUGUUCAUUUAAACAAUGCUUCCAGUUACAACAAAAUCUCGAUGACUAUACCUUCUCUAAAUAGAAAUCAUUCUAAAGUUAUGGUUACAACAAAUCAAAUUAAUCCAUCUGUUCACUUAAACGAUGAGUUUGGACAAAAAGCAAUAUUAAUAAUAGUCAUCGGCUUUUUGGCUAUUCUUGCAAUUACUGGAGUUGUUGUGACAUGGGUUUCAUUUCGUUAAACACCCUUGCAGACCAUGCUAACCAAAGGAUCAAGAUGAAAAGUCUAAAUUGGCCGUGUAUUUAAUUUUGUCGAUAUCUUACUGUUAACUAGAUUUUUUUAUGAAAUUAUAAGAACAAUGCGUAUGAUAAUUACUUUUCGUUCUACAAUCUUUCAAUUUUUACAGAAUGAAAUAUAUUUUAUUUUUGGGUGAGUUAAACCACAGUAGCAUGUGUUAAAAUCAUACUUGCUUUAAACUUACUCAUACUACUAGAUUUUGAGAGCAAUCAGCAAUGUCCUUGCCAAUCGGUGAAAAUAAUCAAUAUAUUGUGGAACACAGUUCUUAAAAAUACUGCUCCAUCACGAUCUUUUCCUAACAAUUUAACGCUUUAUUACACGAAUAUAAAGAUAGUUGGUAUCAUGGCAAACUGGAUCGAAAACCUCAGAAGAUCGUCUCAAAAACAAGAUGGUUUUUUGAUAAACUUUCAAAUGAGGCUAAUGAACUGCUGAUGAAUGAGAUGAUAAUGGAGUGUCACGAUUUUUAAUCAGAAAACAAGGUCUUCAGUAUUUGUUUGGUGGAAGAUUGUUUGAAGAUUUGGAUACAAGAAAGAGUUUAUUGAACAAGGAUUAUCUCUUGGAAAUCCAGUUACAAGCAUAAGUUUGUCAUGAAGUAUAAAGCUGUACAAGGCUAUUGUCACACACACCCCUCUGUAAUGGUUUACGGAUAAAGAAGAUACUGUUAAGAAAUGGAAAAGCAUGUAUUUUGUUCUGAAGAUGAAAAAUUGCUAUUUUUCGAACAUCAAUCGAGAACAAGACCAAAAGGAAUGAUUGAUCUUAGAUAUUCAACUGUUUUCGAGGUUCAAGAAAGUCUUUUUGGAAGAUAGCAGUCCGCUUUGGUGAUACUCAGAUGUUUUAUUUGUGCGCCGACACCUAUGAUGAAGCGAACGACUGGAUGCAAGCCAUCAGAAAGUUUUGCUGCAAAUCUCGGUGGACGGCGACUCAAGUCAUGGCUAGCUCGGACGUUAAACAGUUACGAGGCCUGGAACUGACUAUCAUAGAGGCACACAAUCUACCAGGAAAUAAAUCGUACCAUCCUUAUUGUGUUGUAUCACUGAAUGAAGUUCGAAUAUGUAGAACGCCUGUUAUCGAGGGAGAAAAUCCCUUAUGAAAUGAACAGUUUAUAUUCAACGAUAUUCCUGAGGAUAUUGUCUCUUUUACGGUUGCGAUUUUUUAUCGAAACAAACAAUCCAAAGAUCAUGACAUUGCAACUGUUACGGUCGCUCUACAGAUCUUAACUAAAGGUGAGGUUGUGGAUGACUGGUUUCAACUCAGAGCAUCACAUUCACGAACUGAAGCAGGAACGAUACGAAUUACAGCUAGAUACAUGCAUGAAAUGAUAAUGCCAGUGGAGGAAUAUUUUGGUCUUAAAGAGAUUUUAAUGAAAGAAGACAUGCUUUGUGUGACGUCUUUAAUAGAAGUUUGUAAAGGUAGAGACACGCUUGUAUCAAGAAUACUCAAUGUCUUUCGUCAUCAGGAACAGCAUCACAAUUUACUAAGACGACUCACGGAUAAAGAAAUCCAGAAUCAUGAUAAAGUACCUACCUCGACAAGUCUCAAUUUACACUUUUCGACAACUUUGAGAGCAACCUUUGGCAAAAAAAUCCCAUUAGUUCGUGAAAAGUUGCAUCUUGAAGAGAUUGCUAUGGCUAAUAUUCAAUCAAAACAAGAUGAAACAGACGCAGAUCUUCAAAGUACUUUAAAACAGCUGGAAGAAUCGCAACGGAAAACGUCAGUGGCUAAACAGAUGGCAAAUCAUGAACGUAUGUUGAUGAAAAAAGAAGUGGAUAGCGUUUGUAAUUUACUGAACCAUGUGAGUGAUGAAUUAGCUCAACUAAAAAUGGAUCACACAUCGAAUGUUCAUAUAAUCAAUGAUAUUAAACGCACUUUGAAAGAAAACGACCAACAAUGUUUGAAUUUAGUACAACGAGAGGAAAGAGUGAUAUUACAGGAAAUCGCACAACAACAAAAGGUCAAGCAAUUGCAAGAAAAGAUUGCUGAACAGAGCAGCGAACACGUAAGGUUGUCUGAAGAAAAUCACAACUUAAAGAAAGAAAAUCAAACUAUGGAAAGGGAAUACCAUAGCACACUAACAAAACUUAGGACGGAUAUCAAACAAUGUACAAUUCAAUUGCGUGAAAUAUCUCGUAAAAACAAGACAUUACGUGACGACAUGGAUAAUGUUGGAAAAACAAUGGAAAAGUUGAAAAAACAAAGAAAUAUUGACAAGAAGGCUAUAAUGCGUGGAGCUCAGGAAGCAGAGAAAGUUAAGCAACAUGUCGAUGUAAAUCAGCAAGCAUCUGAUGCUGAAGUUAUAGUGAAUAACAUUCGUGAACAAGUUAAAGAAUUAGAAAUUUCUCACGGUGAACGGCAGCAGCAUGAUGGUAUUGAACGAAAACAAGGAUGGUUUCUUUCUGAAGUUUUGGUGAAGAACAUGCAAAACAAGAAAGUCUGGAGUUUUCCGUGUUUUCAAUGGCUGUCGUUGUUUGAGAGUGAUUGUCAAAUUAAGCGUCAAUUGCAAGCUAACAGUGGCACUUCAAAACCUGUAAAAACUGUAUAUGAAGUCAGUGUAGAGACUGGAGAUGUCCGUGGUGGAGGAACUGAUGCCAAGGUUUACAUGACUCUAUUUGGCGCCAACGAAACAGAGACAAAGAUAAUUUUGAAAGAGGAAAAACUGAUCGCUUCAAGAUAAAGUCGACAAAUCUUGGAAAGUUAAGGAAAAUGAUUGUAGAACAUGACAACACAGGAUUUGGUCCUGGAUGGUAUCUAAAUAAAAUAAGGAUAACUGAGUUAGUUAAUGGAUAUGUCACUUAUUUUCUUUGUAAUCAAUGGUUGGAUAAAGAUGAAGGCGAUGGACAAAUACGUCGACAAUUGAUUGCAACUAAGAAGUCAACAGAUACAAGAAAAAAUUUGUACUUACACUGGAAACGUGCGGGGGUCUGGGACUGAUGCCAAUGUAACUAUUACUAUUUUUGGUACUAA